GCUGACUGCGUUUGUGACGGCAGCAUGGAGGAAGGAAGCUUGACAAUCCCGUUCCGCCUCCUCCCGGCACACUGACACCAGGAAAACUUCCCUUAAACGCUUAAGUCAGACCUUCAAGACUGUGCAGUGGCUGGAAAGUGUUUCAGACCUUCAAGACUGUGCAGUGACUGUAAAGUGUUUGUUUUUUUAAUGUGUAACAAUCCAUCUUCAUUCCCGUUCGACUCCAUUCGAAGUUAAAAGCAUCACCAUGGCACCAAAGAGACGAUCAGCUGCUGCUACCAAAGCGGGUGGCAAGAAGGUGAAGGCAGAACCCGAGGCACCGAAGCCGAAGGAUGCCUUCACCUCCGCUAAAGAAGCCCUUCUGGCCGCAGGGCCACAAAUCAAAGGCAGGAGGAAGGUGGACGAACACUGCUCACUGUCAGGGAGUGGAGAGGUGCACCAAGACUUUGACUGCAUGCUCAAUCAGACGAAUAUUGGACACAACAAUAAUAAGUUCUAUGUCAUUCAAAUCAUUAAAGCAGCCAACAAGUACCAUGUGUGGAACAGAUGGGGCAGAGUGGGCGAGAAGGGACAAUCCAAACUGCACAUGUUUUCAGAUAUUGAAGGUGCCAUAAAGGACUUUGAAAAAAAGUUUAAGGACAAGACAAAGAACACCUGGAAUGAUCGUGAGAAUUUUGUGUGUCACUCUGGGAAGUACACCUUGAUUGAGGUGGAUGGAGAGCAGGAUGCUGAAGUCAAGGUGGACAGUGUGGAUGGAAAUACUGUCAAAGUCACUAAAAAUGUGCUACCUUGCACCCUGGAUGAAGCAACACAGGCGCUCAUCAAGCUCAUUUUCAGCAAUGACAUGUUCAAAGAGGCAAUGGAAUGUAUGAACUUAGAUAUCAAGAAGAUGCCAUUAGGUAAGCUCAGUAAGCUGCAGAUCGCAAAGGGCUUCGAGGUGCUGGAAGAAAUUGAAGCAGCCUUGACUCAAAAGAGCAGAAGGCCGAAGCUUGAAGAACUUUCCUCCAAGUUCUUCACAGCGAUCCCGCAUAACUUUGGUCGCAACAGACCACCAAUCAUCGACAACAACGACAUUGUGGAAAAGAAGAAAGAGAUGCUGAUGGUGCUGGCUGAUAUCGAGCUCGCCCAGACCCUGAAAACAGAGACGGAGAAGGCACAGGAAGAGAUGAUCGAAGUGGUUCCCGACCCGCUGGACCAGGACUACGAGUCCCUCAAGAGCAAGCUUUCUCUGAUGGAUAAAAGCACAGAAACAUUCAAGAUAAUCCAAACAUACCUGAAGCAAACACAGGGCUAUCAUAAGCCCAAAAUUGUCAAUGUAUGGGAAGUUGACAGACAGAGCGAGGGGGAGCGAUUUCAGGAGAAUGAUGCACUGGAGAACCGCCGUCUGCUGUGGCAUGGCACGAACAUCGCGGUAGUGGCUGCGAUACUGAAGAGCGGCCUGAGGAUAAUGCCGCAUUCGGGGGGCCGCGUUGGUCGUGGUAUCUAUUUUGCAUCUGAAAACAGCAAGUCGGCAUCUUAUGUGCGCACGUCCAAAAACACCGGCGUGAUGUUUUUGAGUGAAGUGGCCCUCGGGAGAGAGCAUACCAUCACUCAAGACGACUCGUCAUUGAAAAAGGCUCCUAACGGAUACGAUUCUGUCGUUGCGCGUGGCAAUGUGGAACCAGAUCCCUCUAAAGACACCUUCAUCACCCUUGAGGGCAAGAAAGUGGCCGUCCCACAGGGUAAGCCUAUCAAGCAGUCUCAGUACUCUGACAGCUGCUUCAGCAACAGUGAAUAUCUCAUCUACAAAGAGAGUCAGUGUCGCCUGCGCUUCUUGCUUGAGCUCAAUAUGUAAGGAAGACGGGACCACCUUAUGCCCGCCUUUACUCACAAGUUCUACAGUCCAUUCAUCCAGUUAAGAAUGGGAAAAAUCGAACUUUGGUUCACUCAAUUUAAAAAAUCUCAAUCUGCAUUGCCGCUCUUUUUGCAUCCCUUAAUGAAUUUUGAAGGUGUACCUAAUGUUAUGGCCGGAGUCUUGGUAGUCUCCUUGAAGAAGCUUGCUUCUGCUUUCUAAUGCAUCACUUGAUAUGUGCAAUCUGGUUGUGAAGCCUUUGCGAAUGCAUGUCAUGGAAUCUUGAAAAUGCGUUCAAUUCUAUACACUAGAAUGUUUGGAUUCUUCUGUCAUUAUAUUGUUCAAUAUUUAGAGGAAAACAUGGUAUAAACUGCAAUGUUAAAGCACUGUCCAUGCACUGCUAAGAAAAUGCCCACUAAGUGCUUCUGUAAAGCAAAGCAAUAUGGAAGUUGGAAUAUUUUGGGUGGAUUUCUUGCCUUGGUUAUGGAAUCUACAAAGUUAUAUUCCCCAAAAUUCAUUUAAUUUGGAGUUCAAACUGAAUGUUAUGCUAAUGUCCGUACAAUAAUCCCAAGGGAUUUUGGCUAGAUGCUAAUGACGCUAUCAUGUAGCCAAAAAUAUGACUGACUUGAAAAGCUUGUGAAACAUUUUUGCUGCCCAUUACGCGUUUAUUUGUCUCAUCUGAUUUCAUCGUCAUUUUGACUUAAACUGUUUUAAUUUUCGAUGCUUUGCCACUUUCUCUACACUGGUAUCAGACCAAUAAAAAAAAAGAAGUUAAAAUGCUUAUUAAAGCAUUAUAUGGUUAAGUUCUUAAAGUUUUAUAAUGGCAGCAGUUCAAGGCUGGAUUUAAUAAAUUCACAUGAUUAUAAAUUUCCCAUGGGAAACAUUGUUUUGUCAACCAGUGUUCCCGAACAGAUUGUGUUCUACUUCAGAGGUUCCAGCAGCAUCACGCGGUGCUCGUAGAAUGACCGACACGCUGUGAUGUCAUUUGCACUAUAUGAUAGAACCAAUAAAUUGAUGUCCCUCGAACAAA